AUGAGCUCUUCUGAUGAGAAUUUGGGACAAACACAACUGGACGCUCCAUUGUCCGUCGACCCCGAGGUGGCCACAUUCACGGCUGCCGGUGGAAAAUCGGAGCACAUGCUGGUCAAUCUGGGCGACACACAUCUAGCUGUCAAGGUGCGAUGCAGUAAUGACAGUCUUUAUCGCGUAACGCCAGUUUAUCAAGUCGUCGAAACUGGACAAUGCAAGAGUCUGGUAGUAACGCGAAGUAUCGGUCCUCCUGGUCUAGACCGAUUAACUAUUCAAUAUUUACCGACUGCUGACAUAAACUGCAACAUAAUCGAAAUCUUCAACAACGCAAUCAAGAGCGGAAUGAAAAUAAACGCGCUGAAACUGAUUCUUAAGAUGAAGGAGGAGACGAACUUUUCGGAUGAUGCAACAUACAUGUGA